AUGGUGUUCCUCGCACCAGUACCAACAUUUAUUCAAAUAUACAAGAAAAAAUCAACAGAAGGAUUCCAAUCAGUGCCAUAUGUAGUUGGAUUGUUCAGUGCAAUGUUGUGGAUAUAUUAUGCUAUGCUCAAGACAGACACCACUCUCCUCAUCACCAUCAACUCCGUCGGCUGUUUUGUUCACACGGCUUACAUCUCUUUUUAUCUUUGUUACGCCCCCAAAUCCGCUAGGUUGCAAACUGGGUUUCUAAUCCUUCUAAUGAACAUCAUUGGCAUGAGUCUAAUUGUUGUGCUGACUUACUUUCUCGCGGACGGCUCCACACGUGGCAACAUUGUAGGAUGGAUCUGCCUCAUUUUCUCCCUGUGCGUCUUUGUAGCGCCUUUAUUUAUCCUGAGACAAGUGAUCCGAACGAAGAGCGUGGAAUACAUGCCGUUUCUCCUUUCACUUUUCCUCACCUUAAGCGCGGUCAUGUGGUUCUUCUACGGCUUACUACGCAAGGACUACAAUAUUGCUAUUCCAAAUGUGGUAGGAUUCACCUUCGGAGUGAUUCAGAUGGUGUUGUAUGUGAUAUACAAUGGCGCGAAGAAGGCCGUGGAAGAGAAGCUUCCGGAAAUUCAAGUGGAUGGGCAGAAGAAUUCCGAAAUUAGAGAGCAAAUCAUCGAUGUAGUGACUUUGAGUGCACUAGUUUGCCCAGAAAUUGUUCCAGCUAUUCCACAGCUCGUUCGCCGGGACAAUUUCAACCUUCAAAAUGAGAUCCACAUCGCCACUUCUACCUGAAAAUUUACUUACAUUUUCGUCAAAUACUUUCUUGGAAUUAAUUAACUUAUAGUAGUAUUCAACUAUGUUACAUCUUCUUCCUAAAUUAGUUUAAUUUGCUGUUGCCCCUAGAACUACCUUCAUGGUCAGUUUGGGUUGUAUCAUUUUCAAUUGACUUCAAGUGUAACAUAUAUAUCAUAUAUGUGUGUUAUUAAUUAGUAGUUUCAACAUCUA